AUGCUGCUUCAAGGCGGAACCCUUCUCAUUCACGACGAAAAGAAAAAUGUAGUUCCAACUGUCUCAGACCUGCUUCCGGGCUUCAUCGACACCCAUUGCCACCUAUGGCAAACGCAGUAUAAGGGCGUGCAUGCCAACCAUACGCUCAUCGGAUAUUUGCCCCCUGGGAAACACGUCGCAGGGUUCUGUUCAACGGACCAUCUCUUCUGGGGGCAGCUGUCCGGGGCUCUCGAAUCUAUCGAUGCGGGGACGACCACCGUGGUAGACCACGCAAGUUGCAACACCAGCCCAGAUCAUCCGCAGGUGGCGAUCCAGGCUCUUCUCCCGGCUGGCCUGCGUUCAAUAUACUGCCACAUGCCGGCUCGGCGGGCGAUAUCCACAAGCUCCUGGAACCUUGAAGAUGACACCUUUUCCGGCCAAACCAUCUCGGACUUCCCGGCCAUUACCCGUACUAGCCCAUUUGACAAAGAACUGGUUCACAUGUGUUUCGCCAUGGAUAAAAUUUACACGCCUGCCGAGAUGCUCAAGCCGUACUAUGCCAGCCUGCGCGAUCCUACGAAAGAGCGGGCUAAGCUCGUCACCACGCUUGCUGCCGGUUGGCCGAUGGGUGGAAAUGGCUCGACUGCUAUUAAGCUGCUGAACUCCCAUGGCUUUCUUGCACCCGACAUACUGCUUUCCACGGCAAUCUUCCACAAAAUGGAGAUGGCGCGUUAUACAAACCCACUGGAGCGUUCGUCUCGAACAUGCCAAACACCUAAUUCCAGAUGGGUCGAUUCCCUAUCACUUUGCGAGAAGAUCACUAUGAUAAGGCCAGCCUCGGAGUGGAUUGUCGUAUUUGGGGGACUGCCGCCGAGAAGGGGUGAAGUAGGUAACCUCAAGGAGGGCAUGAAGGCUGAUAUGAUUGUGUUCGACAGUACGAGCGCGGCUUUGCUGGCCGCUGCCGUUGAAGACCCGGUGGCGGCUAUCGUGCUGCACAACAAUUCGAGUGACAUCUACAUGGUCACAAUUGAUGGUCUCAUCAAGAAAGAGGGCGGCAGGUUGGUUGAUUUUGUCACGGCGCCGGCACCCAACAAGCCAAAGAGUCUCAUCCAGCCUGGGACGAAGCUUCCCUGGAAGGGCAUCGCUGUUAAGUUGUUGGAGAGUCGGCGAGCGCUAAAGGAAAGGACUGUCGAUGUCAACUUUGCUGCAGGAGCGGAUUAUAGCAUCAACAAGUUCCAUGCGAACAGGGAGACAAUGUUGAGGUCGCAGUAG